AUGAUUCUUCAAGGCGUAAUUCCCUUCGAAAUUGGAAAGGACCAAAAGAUAUCGGGGUACAUUCUGAUUUCUACAUUCCUUGUCGCUUUGCUAUUCCUCGGGGAAAUCGACAUGCGAAGUCUGUCCCGGUUUGACACCGGUAUCGUCUUCACCACUGCGGUCCAGGCUUAUUAUUUGCUCAGCAACCAAUACAACGAAUCCGGUGCUUUGACUAUGAUUGAUAUCACCGCUGACGGCAUGGGGUUUAUUCUCUCCUUCAUUGAUCUCGUCUAA